AACGACUCGACGUGCUCGAGUUCCAUAGCGUAGAACGAGGACCUUUGGAUAUUAGCUUCCUCGAGGUGGUUUACAACACUGGAAUUCUUUGAAAUCUUGUCUUUUCGUAAAAUCGCAAAGAUGGAAUCGAAUCAGGAAUAUUCAAUGGUACAAACGGAUCCAACAAAGGCAGAUCCCUCUGAUGACGCUAUUAAGAUGUCAAAAUCGUUGGAUGGAAGAUGGGGAUGGGUUGUAACACUCUCCUCCUUUAUGCUCAACUUUUUGGUGGACGGUGUUUGCUACACGGUUGGUGUUUUCUUCCCGGUAUUUCUGAAACAUUUCGGUGGAAGUAAGGCAAAGACUAUGUUACUGAGCUCUGUCAUCAACGGAUUGUCUUUCCUUUUUGGUCCAGUGGCGGGAGCGUCCGUAAACCGAUUUGAUUGCAGGAAAGUGACAAUUGUAGGGAUUAUCAUAGCAAGCGGCGGUUUGUUCCUUUCUACCUUCUCUCCAAACCUUGACGUCAUGAUUCUGUUGUACAGUGUCGUCGGAGGUAUCGGGUUUGGACUUGUGUACACACCCACCAUCAUCAUAGUGAGUUACUACUUCGAAAAACGCCGAGCCCUUGCUACUGGGAUCGCCACUUGUGGAUCGGGUAUCGGGGGAUUUGUAUUUGCUCCACUGUCUGUACUGCUUCUCGAGACGUACGGCUGGCGAGGAUCGUUAUGGAUCAUCACAGGCAUCGUACUGAAUGGAAUCGUCUUUGCUUCAUUCUACAGAUCAGAUUAUCCGCCGAAAGUAAAAGAUGACAACAAAACCAAAUCUAAUGAUGAAAUGACUAUGAAAACAAUGUGUUCAUCCAUAGGGAAGACAUUCGACUGUUCAAUAUUGACGAGUCCUUCUUUUAUAGUGUAUUCCCUCUCAUGUUUCCUUGUCUCAGUAGGUUUUUUUGUUCCGUUUAACUGUCUACCAGCACUAGCCAGUGAUCUUGGUAUAUCGGCCGUACAGGGCGCCCUCCUAAUAUCCAUCAUAGGAAUUUGUAACACCGUGUCAAAUGUUGUGUCUGGUUUCAUAAUCGACCUUCCCUGUGUUGACAAUAUCCUCGCUAACAAUAUCGUUAUUGUGACCGGAGGCGUUGCCACCAUUUUUGUACCAUAUUGCCGUACGUUUGGAUUGCUUGCUGUUUAUUCGGUAGUGUUUGGUGUCAUGAUAGGGGCUUUUGAGGUAUUAAAUUCAAUCAUCAUGGUGGAACUAAAAGGUAUAGAGAGGCUGUCCAAUGGGUUUGGACUGUUGAACAUGUUUAUCGGCUUUGCCAGUAUAGUCGGCUCACCUAUAGCAGGAUCCCUAUCCGAUGUUACCGGGAACUAUGAUGUAGCAUUUUACUUUGCUGGAGGUGUGAUAACUGUGGCUGGUAUUAUUUGUUUUCCACUUCGGAGAAUCGUGACGUGGGAGAGUGAACGACACUCAAAACAGAGGAAAUUCAAGGAGUCGGUACCUGCAGCGGAUACUUGAUGUAAAGCUUAUGUAAAAUGACACCUGUGAACUAUCCAUGUGGAAAUACAUUGGGGAAAAAUAUGUAUUACAAUGUAACUUGGCAUUUAAGUAGAAAAGAUUACGCAUCUCAUAAGCGAAUGAUAUUUCUUUCUUUAUCAACACAAGACUUCUUCAAUUGAACUCAAGCUCAAAUAAAGAGAAUACCGAAGUGCUAACAAACCCAUAAUUUAAACUCAUAAUAGAUAAAAUAAGGGCAAACUGUGAACACAGAUACGGUUUACAAGGAGAUUCUUGAAAAGGACAAGGAAAAUAAGACCAGGUUAAUAGGGACAGUAAGUGUCUUCUGCUUCAUCUGUGACAUCCGCCAUGUAAAUCUAGGUCAAAUUCAAGCAGUGUCACGUCCUCACAUCGACAACUUGGGAAGUGACAACAAGGCAUACAUGAGCAUGAUAAAAACACAUCGACCUUCAUAUCAUACAAGCAAAUUUAACGAUAAGGACUUAAAUCGCGUAAGAUGUUGCCUAAGUGUCGACCCAUUUCAGCAACCUCAUCAAUAAAUCAUGAUAUCGGUGAUAAAUCAGGUAUAGCAACGUUCUGGUUCAUUUUCCAAUGUCUCAGCUAUUCCAUCAGAUUGCCUUUUUCAAAUGUAUAUUUGAUUUCCAUAAAUAUUAUGGGUCAUUUCAGUUAUUAUUUUGCAUUUCGCCAAAAAACCCCUUCCUUCUUAAUCUCUUUAUAAUUCCGAACAAAUUUGGAUUAAAAUGAGAGUUUGUAAAAAACAAACGUGUUUUUGCAUGUACUGCCCAUUUUGUUUUAAUUCAGUGUUUUUGUUUACAUUAACGGGCUAGCUCAUCGCCACGCCCCCUAACCCAUAAAAGGCGAUUGCCACAUCCGGGUUCAUAUAUCAGAGGUCAAAGCUCAUUCGUCAGUUUAACUUGGCAGCUAAACAUUUAGAAGAAAAAAAAUUCAGAAGAUCGCCAUCUUUAUUUAUACAGUCACAGCAAUUUAAUUUGAAUGUUCAACAUCUUGUGCUUGUUGGUUUGUCGUUUAUGCAUCAGUUGGCUUACGAACGACUGGUUGGUAAUUUUGAUCGAACAUUUUGUUAUCUCCACGAAGAAAUUUCGAUCGGUGAAGCUUCCCAUGCAUCAAAACUGUGAGCCAGCAACAGGAUCAACAAAAAACAUGGCGGCGGUACGCACUCUACAGGAACCGUUCCCCCCAAUGACGGCUGUGGAAGAAGCAAACAGACACGGAAAGUAGACUUUUUGCUUUAAUUGUCCCUUGUAUGUAAGUAACGUUAUAUCUGUAGUUUUUCGAUUUGGCGAUGGCGAAUAAAACUGUGUUGGUUUGGGGGCAUAGCCUCAUACGACGUAUGGGACAAUAUUGUGACGAAGACUUCCACCACCAAUCUUGGUUUUCGCCAGGAUUCGCACAGUAUACAGAUGGAUGGCUACUCAGGCGGUACCAUUGACACAUUACGACGAUAUAUGGGCAACAUUCAUUUAUAUCGACCCGACGUGAUCUGUCUACAAAUAGCUGGGAAUGACCUUAGCCGUCCAGAACUUACCCCCGACGUUGUUUUUAAAAACUUUAUUUCUUUGAUAGAGCAGUUGUUCGCUGCCCCAUUUGUGCAAUAUGUGGUAGUGUUUAAACUUUUCACGCGUCUGAGAACUCGUUCUCAUAGAGGUGAUGUAGACAUUCAUGUGUAUAACCAGAGAGUAAAAGAGUUAAACAGCAGGCUUUGUUCCGCCCUCGACGGGAGUGUUUUGGUAAAUUUUGGCGACAUGACCGCAUGGCAGAUUUAACCCGACUGUAAGACUCGGAUGGGGUAAUUUGUUUGAAGAAAUAAUUGGAUUUUUUCGAAAUCAUGUGUUACUCAGAUCAAGAAUCAGUAAAAGAAGUUUUUAUCCAAAGGUUUCAGAAUCUGAAUAAAAAAUUGCGGCCACUUCCUAAAAAGUGAGCCAAUUUUUCGCCAAUCACAAAUGUUUUGGUGUUAUUUUGUUGGAGAAUUAAUGAGACAUUAAGCAAACAGAGCUUCACAGCAUGGAGAUAGUUAUAAUCACUUGACAGAUACAUGUAUAAUUAUAAAG